UGUAAGAGAAAAUAUAUCAGUUUAUUGUUGAAUUAUUAUGACGUUUUUUCCAAUACAAAAGAGUUGUAACUUUUGUUUCCAAACUGCGUUACCCACUCCAGCCAGCAGAUGGCGAUGAGCGUCUUUCGGGUGAUGCUUCUUGUGUGACGUAUAAUGGACUGGACGGGACGCUUCCUCAGGAACAACAACACGGCUACUCUUUCAACCACCUCGGUAGCUAGCUAGCCAACAUAAAACUGAAAGAUUGAGGUUUUAGACAUUAUUAAUGUACAUUAGCUAAUCUCAGUGUUGAAAACACAUUUCUGGCGACGUAUCUACUGGUUAACUUUAACCUAAUUUCCUUGUUCAAUUUGCAAACUUGUUAAAUAUUGAUACUGAGCCUAGCACUAGGCUAGUCGCUAAUGCUAACUAACAUCACUGACCAUGAGCUCACUAAACUACGCAUCCCCUGCUAAAGAAGAUGAGGUCUGCUGUUUGGAGAAAGAAGCUCUGGCGCUGAACAUUGUCGUGAAAGACGAAGAAGAGGAGGAUAUUACAGUGAAAGGAGAGAAAGAUGCUCUGGCGCUGAACAUUGUCGUGAAAGACGAAGAGGAGGAUAUUACAAUGAAAGGAGAGAAAGAAUUAUUCAGAAUGAAAAUGGAGGAAGAGGAGGCUGUUUUAGUGAAGGAAGAGAAAGAACCGUUUCGAGAGGAAGAGGAUGCUGUCUCAAUAAAGGUGAAGGAGGAAGACGUUUUGGGAGUGAAAGAGGAGGAGACAGAAUAUCUGAUUAACACCAGCGAGAGACAUGACUAUUAUGGAUCCUCUGGGGAGCCUCAACAACAUCCUGAUGCUGACGAGGCAGAGAAGAGUCUCUCCAGAUCAGAACACCAGAUGGACAACGAUAGCCCUUCCUCCCUCCCGGAGUCCCCGUGUCGAGCCUCUCCCGGUAGCCUGGUGGUUGGAGUAGUCUGCUGGAGCGUUGGACCACUAACCGAUCGAAUCCCCGAGCUGACAAGAAGACAACACCUCUGCUCCCAGUGUGGAAAGAGUUUUAACCAGAAAGAGCACCUGAAAAAACAUGAGAGAAUACACACAGGGGAGAAGCCUUACCACUGCUCCCAGUGUGGAAAGAGUUUUACCCAGAAAAGCAACCUGAAAAAACAUGAGAGCAUACACACAGGGGAGAAGCCUUUCCAAUGCUCCCAGUGUGGAAAGAGUUCUGCUCACUUAUGUAAACUGAAAACACAUCAGAGAAUACACACGGGGGAGAAGCCUUACCACUGUUCCCAGUGUGGAAAGAGUUUUGCCCACUUAUGUAACCUGAAAUCGCAUGAGAGAUUACACACAGGUGAGAAGCCUUACCCCUGCUCCCAGUGUGGAAAGCGUUUUACCCACUCAUGUAACCUGAAAACACAUGAGAUAUUACACACAGGGGAGAAGCCGUACCCCUGCUCCCAGUGUGGAAAGAGUUUUGCCCACUUAUGUAAACUGAAAAUACAUCAAAGAAUACACACAGGCGAGAAGCCUUACCACUGCUCCCAGUGUGGAAGGAGUUUUACCCACUUAUGUAACCUGAAAAGACAUGAAAGAUUACACACAGUCGGAACUGUGAGAGGAGGAGAAGAGAAGAAAGGAUCAGAUUUGACACAUCAAAGAGGAAAACCAAACUUGGAGGAACCAGAGACGUCCAAACCAGCAAGACGACACCUCUGCUCCCAGAUUGGAAAGAGUUUUGCCAAGUUAGGAAGCCUGAAAAGACAUGAGAAGAGUCACACAGGGGAAAAGCCUUACCACUGCUCCCAGUGUGGAAAGUGUUUUAGACAGCAAGGAAGCCUGAAAGCUCAUGGCCGAAUACACACAGGGGAGAAACCUUACCACUGCUCCCAUUGUGGAAAGGGUUUUAGACAGCAAGGAAGCCUGAAAGUUCAUGGCCGAAUACACACAGGGGAGAAGCCUUACCACUGCUCCCAUUGUGGAAAGAGUUUUAACAGGUUAGGAGGCCUAAUAACUCAUGAGCGAAUACACACAGGGGAGAAGCCAUACCGUUGUGCCCAGUGUGGAAAGAGUUUUCGCAUGUUAGGAAACCUGCAGUCUCAUCUGCGAAUACACACUGGGGAGAAGCCAUACCAUUGCGCCCAGUGUGGAAAGAGUUUUAGCAUGUUAGGAAACAUGAAAGCUCAUGAGCAAAUACACACAGGGGAUAAGCCUUACCACUGCUCUCAGUGUGGAUCUAGGUUUACCAGGUUAGGAAGCCUGAAAAGACAUGUGGACACACACCAAAGUCUUUCCAUUGCGCCCUGUGUGGAAUGAGUUUUAACCAUUUAGGGAGCCUGAAAAGACAUGAGAGAAUACACACAGGGGAGAAGCCUUUCCAUUGCGCCCUGUGUGGAAUAUGUUUUAACCAUUUAGGGGGCCUGAAAAGACAUGAGAGAAUACACACAGGGGAGAAGCCUUUCCUUUGCGCCUGGUGUGGAAUGAGUUUUAGCUUGAUAGGAAACAUGAAAUAUCAUGAUCUAAAUACACCCAUGGGAGAAGCCUUACAAAUGUCACUUAUAAGGCACGUGAGGAUCCACACAGAGAAAAAUAACUUAUCCUACUGUGUAAACUGAUAUUUCACAUCACAUUGACUUAAAAUUCAUCAGAGAACAUACACAGUGCUCCCAUUGUCUUAUUUUAUUGACUGUGUUUAAUUGUUUUUACCAGAUGAAAUUGAAUUGUACAAAGCAUACUCUAAAAUAUAUUAGUAUGUUUUUAUUAGAAAAUAAAACUGAAUAUGGAGUCUGUCAGUUUGAAUACAGAGUAGAUCAGAUUCCAUGUGUUUAAAUGGUCCUUUUUUAAAGUCUGACAUUGUGUGUUUAUCUGAGUGUGUCAUUCCUCCAGCACUACAGAUAAUCAGAAUAAGACCUUCAAAUAUGUCACCAUAACAACAGGCAUUUUACAAGCCUCCCACUGGUUGAAUAAACGUUGUUACC